AUGCUGCCUUCGCCCUCGGCCGGCUUCAGUAGCAUACCGCCCCCAUCAUCGGCCGCGACCACGGGUCCAUCCAUUAUCCCUAGCACCGCUACCUCAGCUCCUCCUGUACCUGGUCCCGGCCCUGCAGCUACAGGGGCAACGUUGAAGCGACCGGCUGCAUCCGACCUGCAGCGCAGUGCCGGCGCAAGCGCCACUCCUUCAAAAAGACAAGCUACAUCUAGUACCAGGCCGAAUCUGAUCUCCAACCCAAGUCCCUUGGCUGCUGGUACUGUUGGUACUGGUUCUUUGUCUUCAGCUUCGGCCCCUCCUACUACCACCGCAACCCAAGCUUAUAUUCAACCUCAAGUUGCUAUGUCUUUACCUGCUGCCAUCACCGAAGAGCAGUUGUUGGGCAGGACACCCGAACAAUUGAUCGCCACCAUUCUCCAGAUUCAAUUGCAACAUCAGCAUUACGUUGCCCACAUCUCCGCUCAAUUUGAUACUAUUAGCCAACAACUAAAUGACCUUCGUGGAAGUUUGAUAGCUUCCCACCAAGCUGCGGCAUCGGCACUUAGUGCUCGCGACUUUCCCGUGCGACCCGUCGUGGCCCCUCCACCUACGCAACCGCCAGCUACUUCGUACUCUCGGGGACCAUCCAUUUCUCUUCAAACCCCAAGUCGCCCCGCAAGACCACCUCCAUCAUCUCCAUCUACUUCUCAGGCCGUCCAACCUAGACCUUCCGCACAAACACCCCAAUCUGCAGGUCCACCCCAAUACAAAUAUGGAACAGUUGGCACCGUCGAGGAAGUUUGGAGGGAGUACCGUGAAGGUAUGGAUGGACAGCCUGCCAUCGAAGAGUUGGACGCUACGUGGGGCUCACGUUGGCGGCCUGAACCGCGCGGUCGCACGUGGUACUCUCGGAGAAAAGUCAUCUGGGACAAGAUCAAGGAGUAUAUGAGCGAAGGCCUAGACGAAGACGAUUCGGUAAGAGAGGUGGAAAAAUUACGCGACGGCGGCACCAUCAACAAGUUAAUCCGAAUGCUACAAGACGAGCGGAAGGACAAGGGAGUUGGGGACGAUAGCAUGACCGCUUAG